GUCGUGGACCACAACAUGCGACCCGUGCAGCUUUGUAAGCGCGCGCUCCGCGGACGAGCGUGCAGAAGAAGAUAAAAAUGGAACCGCCGGCGGAGAACUCGAAGGUGUUCAAGUCCUACAAGCACGCUAUCUCACACCUGGGAUUCUUCGCUCGCUUCGGAGGCGCCUUCGGUGCGGCCACCAUCAUCGCGGUCUACAUCAUCGCUGUGGCCAACCAUGACAUCGAUCCUUACAAGUCUUACGUCAGUGACGCCAGUGGGGACCCACCGCAGAGCGGCCUCUUUGGGCUUUGCGUUGUGAUCAUGAUUGUCAUGGGUUUUCCUGUAAUGUACCUCCACCACAUGCGAAACCAGGUCACCAUGGAGGCAACGGGCUGCGUCGGCGAGCGUCUCAACCGUGUGGCGCUGGCUUCCGGCGCCCUCUCCUGCCUCGGAAUGGCCGUGGUGGCGCUCAAUCCCGUGUCACACGUCCGCAGGGAUGGCCAAUGGAUGUGGCCCGUGUUCCUGCCACACGUGGUUGGGGCCGUCCUGUUCUUCGCGACGGCGUACGCGCACAUGCUCGUGCAGACGAGGCUCAUGUACACGAUGGCCGGGGCCCCCGGCGGCUUCCCCGUCGCUGGGACCGUCAGGGUGAAGACACUUCUCACCACCAUCGCCAGCGUCUGCGUCGUGUUCAUGAUUCUCUUCGCUCCCAUGGGUGAGGCCUUCUUCAUCAAGGGCAAACCCGACACAUUCGGCGAAGCUGCGUACAAUUUCCGAAGUAUGAGUGUACGCCUCUUCGAAGCACUCCCUCCGGAGUACGUCAACCAAAGUCUCUUCCAACAGUACUCUCGCAACUACCCGCCCAGCGCCUCAUUCUCCAUCGCCGCAGAAUGGGUGUUCGUCUUUUGCUACCUCCUGUACUUCGCCACUUACGCCAGCGACUUCCGGGACUGCACCUUCUUCCUGGACAUUUACGUUCGGGAUUACGCCGCGCCGCCGCCCCAUCCGCCGCACGAACUCUGAGAACAUUCUGCGCUGCGUUUCGUAGCUCGAUGAAUUUCUCCCUACUGGGGACUUCUCGUUGUAAUUUGUACAGUAUUUGUGUUUUUGAGCGUAGCUCUGAAUAAUUGUUCACCGCUGUUAGAUGAAAACCUUAAGUGUUAGCAUUCCUCACAUUGUUCUAGCCGUAAUGUUCCUGUGAAUUAUACCUGUAAAGAACAGAGUUGACGCCAAUAAUAACUGGAACAAGUUGUUCUCCUUUAUUUUUGGCCAUCGAGAGCACAUAUGUACAAAAAGAUUGAACGAUUAUGUGUAAUUCGAGUUAAAACUUAGUACAUAAUUAGCGUAGUAAAUAAAUAACAAUUGUUUUGUGGAACUGUACACAGCUGGAUCUUCACCUACAAGGUUAUUUCCCACAAAGGAUGAAACGUGGUGAAUGAAUUGCCAGACUUUCAGUAUUUCUAAAAUAUUUUUUAAAGCGCGAUUGCUUGUUAAUACAUUUUAAAUGGGAGAAAAGGUUCGCUUUCGCAUCUACACUAGUGAAGCCCUUGGAAUUCAGUUAAAUUCUGGACUACACUAAAUAGUACGCGCUCAAUUUAUUACGAUUCAUUCACUGAGCUGGUCGAUGAGCUCAGAUAAGAGCGUAAUUAACUUACCUUGACCUCCGUAUCGGCAGUGUGUUACAGCGCAGUAUUUGCCGCCGAGUGACCCGGAUGGUUUCUGAGUACGCAUAUAUGGUGCUCAUCAUUGCUGUAGCUGCUCUUCCACACAUAGUCCUGCCUGGAUUCUGUACUAUAGGGCACGCAGCCAAGGGCAUUGCUAUGGCCCAUAUUUCAUUAAAGAAUUUUAUACCAGUGCAUCCUCCUCCUCUUUCUUUUUUUCAGUUCUCGCGAAGUCAAAGCGGACUAAACUUCCUUUAUUCUUCGUAA